AUGUUGAUUAACUUGGAAACAGCCAUGUUGAAAGUGCAUCUUUAUAGGCAAAUUGAUCAAGUGUUCAACUUUACAACUGGAGCUCAUGAUGUUGCUGUGGUGACAUCAAAGUCAGCCUAUCAUUCCUGCAACACCUCUGCCACCGGAACCACAAUGAACACCGGUCCAACCAAAAUUACCCUGACCACCCCAGGUCAACAUUUCUACAUAUGCACCUUCCCUCGACACUGCUCACUCGGCCAAAAGCUAGCCAUCAACGUCACCGGAACUGCUGCCACUCCAUCACCAACUCCGGCCCCCACCAGGCCUCCAUUCAGCCCUGCCUCUGCUCCUGGUCCUUCAUCGACCGGCGCAACUCCACCUUCCAGCUCUUCCACCCCACCACCCUCUAGCUCUCCUAGCACGUCACCUUCGGGCUCUACCACUCCAUCUCCGUCUGGUUCUCCAGCUGGUGUCUCAGCUCCUCCUCCACCAAACUCUGCUCCAUCUUUUGCGGUAGCAGUGUUGCCAUUCACUUUCUUGUCGAUUGCCUUGGCUUUCUUGUAUUAG